AUGAUCCAGUGCCGCGUCGUGCGCCUCGUGCGCCUCGCGUGCCUCGCCUGCUUCGUUUCUUCGGCGGCGUUUCCUCCGUGGCCUCCUCUGAAUCCGUGCCGAGACCUGGGAGAGGCUUGCCAUGGAAGCUGCGAGAUGAAUUGCCAGAGCGCAGGCUUCAAGUUUCCGCCUGAAACUUGUUGGCCGGUGCAUGGAGAUGGAUGGAGCUGUGACUACUAUGGCGGAAGAUAUUUUUGCCCCGAGCUACACACGACAUGGUCGUGUCAGAGUGGCUUUGGCCUUGUUUCUGGCAAAGGCUGUCACUGUUGGAGUGGCUAUCGUGGCUAUUCGAAGUGCUGCCCAUGUCCUGAGGUCGAGAAUUGCGCAGGGCGCGAGUACAUCAGCUGCAGCAGCACGAAACGUGCUUGGGGCACAGGUAAUCUCACUCAUUUGCACGCUUCUCGCUGCUCUUUGUGCAAACCCGGCUACGCGAAGAGCUCCGACAAUACAAGUUGUUUGCGGUGA